AAAACUUUUAAAAUUGCCGCACAAACUUUGUUGCCAAGCCGGUGGUAAUUCAUCGGGCGCGCCCGAUCAAGGUCGCAGUUUGAAGACUGAGGUGUACCGGCGCUCUGAGAACGAGCCGGACAGUCUGCUGCUAAGAGUCAUUGAGUGAGUAAGUGUUAUUUUGCCGGGGUAAAUUUAAGACGCCACUUUGGGUAAAUAUGAGACGCUUCAUGGGGUAAAAAUAAGACAUUUAUAUACCAUUUCCAUUAUAGGUUCUACAAUACACAAUGCCUAGAAAUUACGUCCAAAAGCAAAGCCGUACACAGACGAAGACCUAAAAAUGGCGCUUACCUUAGUAAAGGAAGGUAAGUUGUCUAUUCGAUCAGCCAGAAGAAAAUGGAAGAGCUUGCCGUGCAAAAUAAUAUCACUUUGUUUAAAUUACCACCUCACGCCACAGAUAGUAUCAAGGAAAAAGAAUUGCCACAAAAAAAAGAAACAAAGAAAAAAAUCGCCGAGUCCUCUUCGGACGUUGAAAGUAUUUCUUAUCAAAAACAAAGCGACACUGAAAAUAUGACCUUACAAGAAGUAUUAGAAGAAGAAAUGGAAAAGCAGGAGAUCGAGGAAUUUAAUUAUUUAAUAGCGGAAAUAAAAAUUGGGUACUAUAUUUUGGUAAAGUUUGGUCCAAAAAAAAAGAAGUUACAUUACGUUGCGCUAGUAGAAUCAGUUAUAGAAGAUGGGUUUUCUGUAUCUUAUUUGCGCCGAAAAGGUGAAAAAUUUAUAUUCCCCCAAAUACCCGAAAAAUAUGAUGUACGAAAGGACGACAUUGUAAUGAAAUUACCUGCUCCCACAACUCAUGGAGGUACAGAGUUUCACAAAAGUUGGUUUGGGUAAAAUUCUUUGUUAUGACAAUAAAAAAAGACCAAAUUUUACAAGUCAUCAAAUACACGAAAUUAUUUUGGAAAUCAGAUCCAGCCGGAAGUGAAAACUCAAAAAUACUAGAAAGUCUGAGAAAACUUCAAAAAUAUUUGCUUAUAUACAUUUUUUGUAGCACUUGCAUGUUUCUAUUUAAACCGCUGCUAGUAAAAGGAACAACAAUUUAUUAUUAUUAUAAAAUCGAGCAAAUACCAUUCGCAAUUUCUUAUUUAAUAGAAUUUUAUGUAACUUUGGUGACAAUGCCGAUGGUGAUGGGUAUGAAUCUCUUUAUUUGCAUUACGAUCAACAUCGGAGCUGGUCAAUUCAGCAAUUUGAACGCGAAAAUGAGGCAGCUUGAUUUAAGUAAGAGUCAAGGCGAUAAACGUGGACAUGAAAUGUGUUCUAAAGAACUGAAAGAAAAUAUACUGUACCACGAUCUUUUAAUUUCAUACGUACGUCAACUGGAUGGAAUAUUUUCUUGGCUUUUUGCGCUUUUAAUAUCCAUAAUUACAGCAUUAUUGUGCAUGAAUAUGUACGUGCUAUCACAACCACAUAACACUAUCGUUGAUUUAAUUCGCUGUGGAACAAUGGUGUGCGCUUUUACAUCUGAGUUUUUGUUAUUAUAUGGUGUACCAGCUCAAAAACUAGUAGACGAGGCUGAAAAUGUUGCGAAUUCGGCAUUUUAUCAUUGCCAAUGGUAUUUACCGAACAUUAUCCAAAUGAGGAAGGCCCUCAGUUUCAUGAUAUUCAGAAGUCAAAAAAUGGCUUGUCUCUCUGCAAUGGGUUUUAUCGACAUCAACAGGCAAACUAUAGUGGCAAUGGUGAAGACGGCUUAUUCCUUCUUUACGUUCUUACAAACAAUGGAAACGACAAAUAGCGAUAAAAUUUAAUAUAAAUAAAUUAUUGACGUAUAAACAAUUAAUAAAGGAAAAUUAAAAAAUGAAACUGCUUUCAAAUUUAGUUAAAACAAUGAGAUUAUAGCCACGCAAAUCUUGUGAUGAAAUUAG